AAAAACUGGCCGUGUGUGAAUAUAGUGAUAAUGCCAUACAGGGCGGUGUGCAGGCAGGCAGGGGACCCGACGGUGUAAUGUGGUCCGGGGGAGGGUUUAUCUAUCGACUAAGACACCAAACGAGCCAUUUGGACUUUAAAGAAUUGUUAUGAAUGUGGUCGGACAGGCGAGGGUGACGGCGGUGUGACUUCAGGAGACGUCUUCACAGGGGAAGUUGUGCGCACACAGCGAGCUGCAGGAAAUAUACAUUUAGCAAUAAGGUUGUCACUGUCCCGUACGAGACGAUGUUUCUUUUUGCGCUCUGCCUAUGCCUCGGGAAGUUGGUGUCGUCCGGUGUCAGUUUGGAGUUCCGUUAUCACAACACGGUGGAGGUGGAGAGAUACCUGCGGGACGUUAACAACACCUUCGACUUCACACACCUGCACAGUAUYGGAAAAUCUGUCGAAG